AUGUCGCCAUCCCAAGGCCAAAAGCGCACCGCAGACUACUCCCCGACAACAUCGACACACGCCGCUCAUUCGUUGCCCGACACCACCACACCGCAACUACUCCGCCGGCACCAGCACCGUCGGCGCAACAUCGCGACCCUCGCCUGGGGGCCCGAAGCACCUCCCCAUCCCACACGCCGCACGACCCAGACCCCCUCCACUCCCACCCCGACGCCGCCUACCCCCCACUUCAACAUCUACAAAUCGCUCCUCCGCCAUCCCAACCUCUUCUUCCCACUCACCCUCCGACUCCCCUACGCCACCAUCAUCGCCCUCUACGCCAUCGACAAGGAAUUCCACUACAGACUCAACCUCUACUCCGUCAGCCUGAUGCACGACUACGCGCGCUACCACGCGCCGCUCGCAUCGCACGUAUUCUCCUGGAUCUUGUUUCCCGAGCUCUGCAUCAGCGACCCGAUGCUGCGGCCGAUGGACGGGCGAGCGUGGUUGGCGCGCGACGUGCCCGGGUUCCGCUGGGUGGGGAUGGUGUUGCAUCGGCAGCGGGUGGUGCGGGGGGUGUUGAGUUGUCUCGCUGCCGAGGGGCAUAGGGUGCCGCGGGCGGCGGAGGGGGUGUUGGCCAAGUUCUGGUGCGUCAUGGAGUGUUGCACCGCGGCGGUGAGGGGGGCCUUCUUGCGGGAUACGAGUAUUUGGAGUGAUGGCGAGAUUCUGGUGUUUCAGCUGCUGCUGCUGAAGCUGGAUAUGCGGUUUUCGGAUCCCGUGCUGGGGAAUGGGAUCGGUGAGUUGGCGCAUCUGCUGUUGACGCAAAAGGGGCUGGGGCUGCUGUAUGAUGUGCUGAGGGGGAGGGUCGAGAUGGAUUAUGACGUGGUCACAGAUAUCGUGGUUCGCACGUAUCUUUCCGAGGAUCUAGACACUGAUACGCAUACCUGGCUGGACGACGAGCUCGACAACGGUGUCCCCGAGGAGGAGUGGGGACUGUUGUGUAGGGAGGGCUGGCAUAUGAAUGGGGAGAGGAUGGAAAGUGCGGUCGAUAUGGUCAUCAUGGAGGGAAUGAGACGAGGCUUGGACGUCCAGAAGUACUAUCUGGAGUUUGUGACAUAUGGGUUCGUCGAUGGAGAUGGGAAGAAUAUACCGGUGCCACGGAUGUUGAGGCGGAGAAACGGUACGGGUGUGGUGGAGAUUGGCUGGCCGAGCGAACAGACGAAGAGGAGUGCUCUUGCGCAGCUGGGUCGUCUUGCGGGUAUCCCAAGUGCCGAUGCUAUGGGAGUCGAUGCAUGA